AUGCCUCGGACUCUCCCAUGGCUUACGGGCAGUGGUACCAAAGCCGAGGACACAAAGAGUUCACCGCGUCGACGUGAAGUGAAGCUCGAGAAAGGUUCGGACCACAGUGCUGAGGAGACGCCGAAGGCAUCCAAGUCUACGUCGCGAGGAGAGAAACGAGAUUUUCUUCGGUCUUCACCGAGUCCUCCAACGUCUCCGAUCCAGCGAUGUCCGUCAGAAGAAUAUUUGAUUGAAGGGUUCAAUAAAGAUGAUAUUUACAUGAUGGUCGAAGACGAGUUCUACGCCAUGGCGCAAACGUUCACCAAGCACCUCCACUAUGCGGAAUACGUCAAACGCAAGAAGGAGGCGAAACUCCAAAACGCAGCAGCAAUUCGAAACCUUGCACGACCUACUGAUGGGGUCACGCCGAAGAGCGAAGAGAUGAAGAGGACGGAGGCCGCCGCCGCCCUCUCAGCCCGCCAAAGGGCAGGCUUGGAGAAAAUGGGCGGUAAGCGGCCGCAGCUGGACUCUGAUAAGGAGGAAGACGAUACAGAUGAAGACGAUGGGCUUGCGGGUACCUCGCUAGGGUACCUUAUGACGAGUCCACGGAAGGCUCGGUCGCUGGUAGGCAUGCAAGGUGUCAAAUCGUCCACUAGGGCGGCUGCUGGGUUCGCCCAGACGUCUGGUGUUAAAAGGCAACAGACGAAUCCUGAUGCGCAUAUCCAUUCCUCACCGCAGACUGAAGUCGAAGCAGACGAUCAUGCGGUGGAUGCAACCGCUACGGAAGAUGACGACUUGGAUGUACAGAUCACCAAGACAUCCACAAGACCGACAGCAAAAAAACGUUCUAUUGAAUCAGAUCCCAGCUCACCGGUCUUAAGGACCAGCUCUUCUACUCCUCAGUAUACUGACAAUGAUGGUAAAGGAAAAAGAGCCGUCCGCGUUAUUCACAGAACUCCACCGUUGGGUAGAUCGAGAAGAAAAGUAUUCAUCGAUGACUUUGACGAGCUACCAGAGCCGUCAAAUCAAAACCCUUCGGCACAUGGCCGGCUCAAAUCUCACACAGCUAAUAAUACAAAGGAUCCGAACGAAAGUGGUGUAAAGAGAAAAUCCCGUCUCAAUGAAGUUCCGACAUUUUUGUUUUGA